AGGCAAGAUGCCAUUUAGUUGUAAUUCUUAGUCUUAACAAACGCCUUCACAGAUGCAAUCACUAUCGGGUCUAGUCAUAGUUGUUCUGUGUGGUGUCACGACUGCAGGGGCUCUAGACACAUGCGAUCGAAUCACCCAUUAUGGGUAUCCCUGUGAAAGGCACAAUCUGACCACCAAGGAUGGUUAUGUGCUGGCUAUAUUUCGCAUACCCUACUCACAGCAUGGCGACUCGUAUGACAAUGCCACUUCCAAGCCUCCCGUUCUACUAAUGCAUUGUUUGGAAUGUUCCUCAGAUAUCUGGAUAAUCAGUGGUCCGGACAAUGGUUUGCCCUUCAUAUUGGCCGAUGCUGGCUACGAUGUUUGGUUGGGCAAUGCCCGUGGCAAUGUCUACUCUCAGAAGCACAUCAAACUGCAACGCUCGUCUACAGAAUUCUGGGAGUUUUCUUUAGAUGAAAUAGGAAUCAUUGAUGUGCCUGCCAAGAUUGAUUAUGUCUUGGCGAUAACUAAUUCGCAGAGUCUUCAUUAUGUGGGUUACUCACAAGGUUCCACCACUCUUAUGAUGGCCUUGGCCAGCAAGCCCGAAUACAAUGAGAAACUACGUUCCACCCAUUUGUUGGCUCCUGUGGUGUUUUUGUGUUAUGUGGGAGGGCCGGUUGCCAUAUUGGGCUCUCCAAUAGUGGGCUCUAUAAAUCCUCUAACUCAGUUGCUAGGAACUGUGCCCUUGCAUGAGUUGGAGGCACUAUCACGAAGUGUGGCUCCCGGUCUAUGUCAGAGGGCCGAAUUUGCAGAGUUGUGCUUGGCAUUUUUGAACAUUGUCUGUGGUUGGGGUUCACCUCAUCUAAAUCGAACUUUAAUUCCAGAAUUAUUGAGUACCGCUCCUGCAGGUGGUUCUUUUCGCCAAGUUAUCCAUUAUGCUCAGAUGGUUAUGUCUUGCAAAUUUAGGCCUUACGAUUUUGGUUUGCCGGGCAAUAUGCAGAAAUAUGGUAAAUCCCAGCCGCCAUCAUACAAUCUGGCAAAUGUUCACCCAAAAACCCCAAUUGAGAUGUAUUUUGGAGAAAACGAUUAUUUUGUGCCUUUGCGCGAUGCCUAUCGCUUGUCGAAAAUUCUUGGCAAUAGGGCCUCAUGGAAUCAUGUCAAAUUUCCCAAAUAUAAUCAUUUUGACUACACACUGGCCUCCAAUGUUAGAUGGUGCAUCAAUGACUGCGUAGUGGAUAGAAUGCAGAAAUAUGAGGGUCGCUCUUUUCAUGGUGAUCUAUGCAAAUGUUUUAAGAAUAAACCUUUUUAAUGGAAGGGCAUA